AUGGCGGGUUGUGAAAAGAUGCUAUUAAAAGUAAUAUUGUCAAGAAUCUUGGAAGAUGUUAAAAUCAACACAAUGAACAUUCAAAUUUUAAAGUCGUUUCAAGUGUCGAGAGAAUUUAAUUACCGAAUGUUUUCAGAGCAACAGCAGUGGUUGUCAGUUAACAUAAAAUUUGUUGGGUGA